GUCAGUAGCCAGAUAACUGGAAGUCAGAGGGCAACAGAUAGCAGGAAAGUUAUACUUAUUUCUUUGUUCAUUGCCAUUUUGCCAAAAACGUUUCCCUUUUAAUGUUAUUCUAUGUCCAAUUAUCAUACAUACUGUGUAUUAUUGAAUGAUUAAUUAUAGUGAGAUAACGAGGGAUUACAUUACUUUCGCAAUGCUAAUUCAAUUAACCAUUAACGUUAGCAUUAGCUUGCGGCGAUUUGCUAUCGAUAAAGAUAUAAAUAACACAUUUCCAUGUUAUUCCAGUUUUACAUCGAAUCCCGAAUUGAAGAAUGAAAAGGAAACUCCAGCUAUGGGACGCCACACAAGUUUAACAAUGGCGGAAAAACUACUAACUGCAAACAAAGACAAACAAUAAGUGUAGGAAGAUGCCUUCCAGACUACCAAAGCCACGUCGUCAAAUGUUACACCUGCAACUUUAUCUGCGAGCAUGACUGACCACACCUGUGCAUUUUUCAAAUGGAUGCACGCAGUGGAUUUGUGAGCAUCCAGGAUGACAUCGGAGGCUGCCGCUGCUGUCUCCACACCUGCAGCCCUAAGCAGUACUCCAGCCAAGAGGGACCACUACUGGCUACGCUCAUUUGUUGCUGGAGGUGUCGCAGGAUGCUGUGCCAAGAGUACAAUCGCUCCUCUAGACCGAGUAAAGAUUCUGCUUCAGGCCCAGAAUCCUCACUACAAGCACUUGGGGGUGUUUUCUACUCUAAAAGCCGUGCCAAAAAAGGAAGGCUUCCGUGGCUUGUACAAGGGUAAUGGGGCAAUGAUGGUGAGGAUAUUUCCUUAUGGCGCAAUCCAGUUCAUGGCCUUUGACAAUUAUAAAAAGUUGCUCAGUAAACAACUCGGCAUCUCUGGACACAUUCACCGCCUUAUGGCUGGAUCCAUGGCAGGUAUGACAGCGGUAAUAUGCACGUAUCCACUGGACAUGGUUCGAGCCAGACUGGCCUUCCAGGUGACUGGGGAGCACCGCUACACAGGAAUUGCCAACGCCUUCCACACCAUCUAUUUGAAGGAGGGUGGAUUCUUGGGCUUCUACAGGGGACUCACCCCAACCCUCAUUGGAAUGGCACCUUAUGCAGGUUUCUCUUUCUUCACCUUCGGGACCCUGAAAAGCCUCGGCUUGAAACAUUUCCCGGAGACGCUGGGACGGCCGUCCUCUGACAACCCCGAGGUUCUGGUUCUAAAAACCAAAGUCAACCUGCUGUGCGGAGGAGUGGCCGGCGCCAUCGCUCAGACAAUAUCGUAUCCUUUAGAUGUGGCACGUCGAAGGAUGCAGCUAGGAUCUGUGCUUCCUGAUUCGGACAAGUGUGGCUCCCUGAAAAAGACGCUGUCCUACGUCUACAAGGAGUACGGCGUCAAGAAUGGCUUGUACCGAGGCCUGUCGCUCAACUACAUCCGCUGCGUCCCCUCUCAGGCUGUGGCCUUCACCACCUACGAGUUCAUGAAGCAGCUGCUCCACCUAAACUAGAGGCCGCGUCGCUCAUCUGCCUCUUGCUGACAUUAAUUGGUAUGUCUUAAAAACCCCAAACUGAAACGCGGUCAAUCCGUUAAUGUAGUGCGAUGUGGAGGCAGGAAAAGGAAAGCAAAUAUUGUUCUUCUCUCCCCUUCAUUAGUUUUCGACAGUGCUAUUUUGAUUUAAAAGUUUCAUUUUUUUCUAUGACCUCACUCGUAACUCAAAACACUAGUAUCUCAAAUCAUGCCUGCUUAGAUUCUCAAUCAUCAUUUCAACAAACGGGCCAUUCAGUUGCCUUCGUUCAGCGUUUGCGGCUACAGUGGUACCUCUACUUACAAAAUUCAUUCUAGAAGUCUCUUCGUCAUGUGAAUUUUUCGUAAGUAGAAGCGCUUUUUACGUGGUAGCUAGCCUAAUCCGUUCGAAGCCCUUUGUACCCCGCGCCAAAAAUAAGCAAUCAAAAUACAUAAUGUAAAGAAUAAUCAAAAUGAUAUUCACUUAUCUUUGCUGCAUCAUGGGGGACGGAGGAGGAGGCAAAUGCUUGACUGCUGAGUGAAAACAUAUGUUCAAAUGGAUGCACGCACACGCCUCAAUUACACAAAAGUUUUUUUUCGGGGCCAUGCUUAAGAAAGAUGAAUAAACUUGCAGUAAAAACAAACGAAAAACUCACAAAAAAGUUGUAUUUAACCAACGUGCGCUAGCGUGUGAUUCAGUGACACUCGAGUUUCCAAGGGAAACAAAAAGCAUCAUGGGUAAAGAUUGAUCUCCCACCUAGCCAGCUCUUUCGCACCGUUAUCAAAGCAAGAUAUAGGAUGUUUACGUUUGCUCGAAUUUAUGAACUGCGAAACUAGCACCUGUUUUUAACUUUCGGAUCUUGAAUUUUCCAAAGGCUGGCUUGUACCACAAAAAAACUUGUAAGUUGAAAUACCACUGUAGUUUCUGUUUUCAUUUCUACCAUGUACAUAACAGGCAGCUGGAAACAAGCAUAAACAAACAACCGCAUUUCUAUCACCCCCCCCCCUAAAAAAAUACACAAAUUUCUUUGUAUUUUUUUUAAUGAGUUUGAUACAUUGAAAUUUAAGUGUUGGCUUUGAUUAGGGUUUACAGCUUUAUAAAUAUAAGGGGUGUAGUAAAAGUACAUUUUCCUUGUCUUACUUACAAACAGUAUGCAGUUUUUACAUUUUUUUUAAUCUGCUCUAAAAAAAAAUUCUGAGUUCUCAUUUUGCCAAACUUUGAAUGGAACAAUAUCAGAUUUUUUUUGUUGUUGUUUUCAAGCACACAGAUGUUUGUGUGCUCAUAAUCGCAUAACCACUUGCAAUUCCACAAUCACAGUACAAAUAUUCAUGCUUAUGAUUUUACUUGUUGAUGUUCAUAUUUUGAUGAAUGUAGAUCUGACAUGUCCGGAUUGGACGAUCGUCCCAAAGAAGGGAGAAAGGAGGGAAAUUUGCACUUUAACUGUUUACCUUUUUCUUCUGCUAUUUAUAAUUUCAACUAAAUGCUGCCACUGCUUACAGAAAUGAUGUGCUUUACAUUUCUAGCCGAACAUAGUCAUGUAAAUAAAAUGAUAGUCCGUGUCAGAUUAUUAUUAUUUUUUUUUAUGUAUAGCAACUUAAAAACCAUGCCUUGACGCCAAUUUUUAAUGGCAAACCCUGGAAAUUAACAUUUUUUUCUUGGCCAGUGAUAGGCCCAUAUUUUACAUUACAAAAAUCUUACAUCACAAAACAAAAAUGUCCCAAAAAUUGAUUCACGGGUUCAUUAUGUACUUUCUGCUAACUUGUGGAAGAGCAUUGAAUAAUUCUACCUGUUGCUAUGCAUUGCUGGCAUUAUUUAAAAAAAAAAAAAAAGCAUUUUCUAAGGUAAAGAGAGACCA